UCAUGCGUACCGUUGGACUUUUUUGUUUACUUAGCAACAGCCUAGAUGUACCAGUAUGAUGUGUGACGAUAAGUGUCAUUGUUUCAUUCUAAUCUUAUUCAAUACACUGCAUUUAGCUGGUUAAACAUGACGGUCACAGCUUGAUAAUGAGGUAAAAGCUGCCAUAUCCGGCUACCGUUUUUUUCUAAGCUGGCGAGACUUAGCUAAGGGUAAGCAGGUCGAUCUGUUCUUCGAAAGAUGUCUUUUCAGGAGUCACCCCGUCCUUCUGAAGAGGAUGAGGCUUUCUACAUGCAGUGCAGAGCCGCGUACCUGGCUGUGUUCAGAUCUAGUUUGACAAAUAUCACUUCGAAAAAGCACUUAUGCCGUGUUCUUCAACAAGCUGGUAGAAAUCCAUCCAGUGCCACUCUUAAUAAAUACUGGACUGCUACAACAUCUAAGCUGAACUUUGAUGACUUUUGUGAGAUUCUCAAGCAUGAGGAGAAAACUGAGGAGAGUGAGCUGAUGAGAGUUUUUAAAAAGAUGGAUGUGAACGGUGACGGCUACAUCACACACAGUGAACUGGAGAAGGCCUUAAUCACUAGAGGAGAGAAAAUGACAAAAGAGGAGGUGAAUGCUAUCUUCUCACUGGCUGACAUCAACAAGGAUGGCAAACUGCACUACGCAGAAUUCUGCAGAUUGUUUGCGUCUACAGUAGAGCAGUGUCAAACAGCUGCUUUGGAGAGACUUGAGGCUGAUGCCAAGCUGAAGAGACUGAACUUUGGCAGUCAAUCAUACAGCCCGCCAAAGAGCUCCGUGUCAUCAGCAUCACCAGCAACUCAGCGGGUGGACUCGGACACGACACCAAAGAAAGACAACCGCUCAUCCUCCCGGCCUUCUUCAGCUCGCAGCAGACGUUCGUCUCUGUCAAGCUCAAUCACAAUGACAUCCAGCAGCACUAAAGCCAACAAAUUCCCAGAGCCUUCAGGUUUACAGGGUUGGAAUCACAGUUUCAUGAAAGGCUGCUUCUUUUUGGAAGACGACGGGAGUAUCAGCGCUCUGCAGUACCAGCUCCACAUCCCCCACACGACAACCGUCUACCUAACCAUCCAACCACUCGGCCUCAGCCACAGACCUGACAAGUCCUCAGCAUGGAUGACAGUGGACACAGCACUUUUUGUCAUGUCAGCUGGUGAAACUAAAGAAGACACAAAUUUAGUGUGUUUCACUGAGUCAAAAGACAAAGAAAAGUAUAUUUGGAAAGGGGAGCUGAAUGCUGGGACAUACCACCUGCUUCCCUUCACCAGUGGCUGCAGGUUAAAGAAAAGGAGCAGAAAGAGCCCUUCUGGUAAACCCGUGGAGUUGUUCUACAGGACUGACACAGAAGAACUAGACCUGACCAGGGAGUUCAGGGAGGUGCUGUCUGACAUUUUUGAGAUUAUAGACCUUGAUGGCAAUGGUUUGCUUAGCCUGGAGGAGUACAAUUUCUUUGAGCUCAGGACCAGCGGAGAAAAGUGUGACAAGGAUGCCUGGGCCGUCUGCAAAGAAAACUUUGAUAUGAGAAAGAACCAGCUGACACGACAGGGAUUCAUGGAGCUGAACCUGAUGGAGGCCACUGAGAAAGAUGGAGACCCUGCAGACAUGUGGGUCACGCUGGAAGCUAUGGGUUACAACCGUAUGCUGGAGCUGGUAGAGGCCUGUCCAUUCCAGAUAGACGUAUACUGUGAAAGCACUCAGCCAUCCAUCCAGCCCCUCAGCAUGGAUUCAGGGCCCAAGCUUCUGAACCAGGCGCUCCAGAAGUCCAUCACAGCUAGAACAGGGGCCAAAGCACUGAGGGGACACGACAAUGUGUUCAUCUACACCUACAAAGGGGAGCACAGGAUUUCCUCCCUCAUUACCAACAAGACAAACCAGAGAGUGACUGUGCAUGUGAACAACGAGCAGAGCAGGAACUGCUGCAGUAGCAGAGGCAUGACAGUGUUUGCUGUAGAAGUGCCAGCCAGGACUAAAAUGGUGUGCCAACAUGUUCUACCCAUCAAUGAAAAACAGGACUGGAUCUACAGCUGUGUGGAGACCAUACUACCCGGAAUGUAAAGUCCAGCCUGAAUGGACAGCUCUUUAUAUUCUGGCUAAAAUGUAUUCGUCAAGGUUUUAAAUGUGGGCACUAAAGAGCGAUUUGUUCUAUAUCCACUGGCAUUAUAUCAUGAAUGUGAAUUAUUAUAAGUUGUUCUAGCUCUGCUUUAAUGAUUAUGUGUAUUUUUUUACUGUGAGAAAUGGCUGAGCGCCUAAUCAUUUCAGCUGUCUGACUUGUUGCCUGGCCUGUAAUGUUGAAUUUGUAGGUAGUCGAUGAGUUUUGUGUAACCUCUGGUUAUAAUGGAGACAGUUAACAAUUUUCCUGCUGUUUUAAGUUG